UCAGCUUUUUUCGGGGCUCCCCUGCGAAAGGGGCAACACUUUUACGUGUCGUUUUCCGGCCGAGGCCCGUCAUUCGCAAGCAGGGGAUCCUCCUUGGCGCAUCGGGGAAGGGCCAGUCAGAACCAGACGAGAUUCCUACCGAGACACCAUGAGUACCGAGGCGCUGCAUCCGCAAUACAUGGACCAUUCGCUGGUGAAGAGGAGCUCGGCCUUGCGCUUCGUGGACGUGGGCCCACAUCAGAACUACAACGGCAUGCCGAGCUUCGGCCUGCCGCCGCACGCCCACCACGGUCACGGCGGAGAGACGCUGGGCUCGGAGUCCAAUAUGCCCCCGCUCAACAUGAAUCCGUACGGGAUGCCCGAUACCUCGCACAUGGGGGGCCUCAAGCUGAGCCCCCAGCACUCUCACAUGGGGGAGGCCUCCAUCGUGUCCUCGCAGGCCAACUACGGAUCGCAGUCCAACGGCUACGCCCCCCACUCGCACGCCCACGGCCACCCGGGGGUUGGGGGAUACCCCAGCCAGCCCUUCGCCACGGGCCGGGACUUUCUGCUGCGGCGGGAACCGCUGCCGGGCUCUGGGAUGCACCCUCCGCUGGGAGGCCUCUCCUCCCACGAGUCGUCCUACACGUCCAACCCGGCCGCAGCCGGCCACGGCAUGUUCCCCGGCGGCGGCUCCCUGCACCACUCGGCCGACAACUCGGCCGCCCACGUCAUCUUCCCGGGUCUCCACGACCAGCCGGGCCCGCACGGGGGCGGCAUGAACAGCCAGAUGCGGCUGGGCCUGCCUACCGACAUGCGAGCUGACCAGUUCAACCCCAUGGCCGGGCCCCGCAACGAUUACCUCACCUCCCCGCAACUCCACAACCACAUGAACAUGAACCUGGGCCCCCACCACGGCCACGCCGCCUUCUUCCGCUACAUGCGCCAGCCCAUCAAGCAGGAGCUCUCCUGCCUCUGGAUCGAGCAGGACCAGCCCGAACCCCGGAAACCAUGCAAUAAAACUUUCACCACCAUGCACGAGAUUGUGACCCACAUCACCGUGGAGCACGUCGGGGGGCCCGAGCAGACCAACCACACCUGCUUCUGGCAGAACUGCUCGCGGGACCAGAAACCGUUCAAGGCGAAAUAUAAACUAGUGAACCAUAUCCGAGUCCACACGGGGGAAAAACCCUUCCCCUGCCCCUUCCCUGGCUGUGGCAAGGUCUUCGCACGCUCGGAGAACCUCAAGAUUCACAAGCGCACGCACACAGGGGAGAAGCCGUUCAAGUGUGAGUUCGAUGGCUGCGACCGCCGCUUUGCCAACUCCAGCGACCGGAAGAAGCACUCGCACGUCCACACCUCGGACAAGCCUUACAACUGUAAGAUGCGGGGCUGUGACAAGAGCUACACCCACCCGAGCUCCCUGCGGAAGCACAUGAAAGUCCACAGCAAGUCUCCCCCUCCCCCGGGGGUCUUCGAGCCCGCCGGGGCCACCUCCCCGACCACCAGCUCCGACUCCUCUCCCCCGUCCCACCAGAGUGCAGGAGGAGCCGGCAGCGGUAGCGGCGGUGGCGGUGCGGGCGGGGCUAGCGGAGCGGGCACUGGUAGCGCGGGGCUCGGCAGCUCUAUGCACCCGGCGCCCUCCUUGUCCAGCAACACAGGGACCAACCUGAGCGAGUGGUACGUGUGUCAGACGGCCGGGGGUAUGCCCACGCCUCCCAGCAACGAACCCUCCCCUGUCAACAGCGGGGCACAUCCCCUAACUUCGAGGAUGCCUCCUCACUCAAGCAACAGUACGUCAAACUACUGAACAAAACUAACUUCUGCCAGUGAAAAUCACCAAACCAUACCGUAACUGGUCUAUGGGAGAGUAAGUGAUAAAACAGCAGUGCUAAAAUUCAACAACAAAAAACUACGGGUAACGACGAGAUAAAGAGAACCACAGGUCAGACGAAAUACGAAAGUGUGUUGACUACAACUGCGAUAAAUACCGGAGGGUGCCAUUGGUAGAUCUGGAGUGACAGUGACGAUUCUUGGAGUUGAGAAGGCGACCGUAUAAUCGAUUACGCUUAUUCUCAGGCGCUUGCGCAGGAAUCGACACUUGUUUGCCGAUACUACGCGUAGUGUCCCAACUGUGAAUUCAUGCUUCGACGAAACGCCGGAUCCGAAUUUCAGCCGCGGAAUUCUCCAACUUGCAAGCCUGGCUUCACGCAACUCUUUUGUUACUUCUAAACAAACACUCAGGGUUGCCUGUCUGUGUUGACUCUUGAUGAAAAGGUUGUGGUGAGUUUUGAAAAAGGGAUUUGACCUGAUCGACGGAAAUGAUAUCGUGGACUCAGCAACAGACUUCCUUGCGUCAAUUCAAGCAAUCGAGUGUCUAUUUAAAAGCUUUCUACUGAGGUUAUUCAUGGUUAACUCGUCACGGGGCUCCAAUUUUGCCACUUCUCAGAUGUUCCGAGGAUGAAGUGCCCCGGAUGUAUGUUUCUUGUCAGCUCCUCUGUUACCAUUUUUCCAAUUUUUUUUCCAGUUAAAUUGCUAGAUUCAAAAACGACGACAGUGGUUAAAGAUAAUUCUGCCAAAACCUCAUACACUCAUCAGUACUCUGUAUUCCUGGUACUUUAAAUUUAUGGUACUUAGGUGGAAACGAAUACUGGCUGUAGUACUUUUUAUGCGGGAUUUUUCACGAACAAGAAAAUAGUGAGGCAAAUUAGGACAGGUUUAGGUUUAGGACAUCAACCUCUCUGUCCGGCUUCGGACAUAUUUAGCAGAUUGUGUUUUCUAGAAAGCUCCAACAAACCUGUGUUCACAGUAUUCCGACCCCCACCACCAAACCAACUACCCCACCCCAAAGAAAGCAUCCGAUGGUAUUCGAGUAAGUCUGGAGAGAGUACGAGUGGUGGAAACGUGUGGUGUAAUUGGGUGAAAUGAUACGACAUCAGAAAGUCACCACAGUUUCGAAGUAUGUUAACAGUUUAUUUUUACCUCUUGCCAUUACGAAACGCCACAGAAACUGUGAAUAUGUCUUGUAUAGUUUUUAACCGAAAUUAUUAUAAGUAACUGUUAAUCCAAGAGGUCCGAUUUAUUAUGAUUUUGUUUUCCUGAACAAUCAGUAGAUGGUUAUUCAAAGACGAGAAGAUAGAUUUUCCCCGUUCGUCUAGUUCCCUUUAAUCUUUCUCUACGCAAUAAAAAAGACAAUGACAAUCACUUGAAGAUCGCAGUGCAAGACUGACUACCGUCUGGCGUCUUGUAGUCCGGAUCACCGUCUGCGAACGAUAAAGGGGCGGUGCAUUGUUCGAAAAGGGGGAGAUAUCAAGCGUCUCAAAAAGAUAUGGGAACAAUGUCGCAAUUUUACUUGGAAUUCUAUUUUGUGAGGAACUACGCAGGGCAUACGCAACACAACGGCACGGGAGGGUAUGCGUUCCAGUAUUACCUGCACAAUUGAAAGUUGUGAUCCACCCUUCCACAAACGAGGCUGAAGUAGGUAAUUUUAAUGUUCAGUCAUCCCCCCCCUCUGUUAGCUUUUAUACUUUUAAAACAUUUGGUAGAAAUGGGCAAUAACUGUUGUGGAGUUUGUAUUUCUCAUUUUUUUAUAAAUGGAGAAUAGUACAAGUGUAGUUUACGAUUCUUCAGCCUGGUUUUGGAAUGAUGGGCAAUUUUUGCGCUCGAUUUAGACUUGUCCGUUAAUUUCUAUUCUUCUCCAAGUACCUGAGGUUCUUGUCGACCGCUUUGUCUGGUGUCCAGGCGACAAGCCAUUGUAACGUUGUUCUAUUCGGGCCAGUUAUCACACCACUCUGCGUGUGCUUUAGCCAAAGGCGCUAGAUCUCGUUCAUGAAACAAUAUAAUGGGGAGAAAACCGAAACAAGCACACUAAACAAAUAUGGCUUAUUAAUUAUGAGACUGCCUUUUCAUUUUAAAAUUCAACCCCUUUUUCCUUGAUCUUUGUCAGAAAUGACACAAACUUUGCCCACCUUUUCCUGUAAGCUCACCCACUCCUCCUCCCUCGUCACCGUAUGAACGAGGAAUAUAAUGUUCAUGCCUUCUCCGCUAUGAUAAAUUGAUGUAAAUUAUAUAGAUUUUUAUAAUAAAUUAUCAGAUCAGUAAAAUA